UCUACGCUUAACGUUUGUUUCUGUUAUUCUGUUUAGUUUGUUAUACAAUAAAUUCAUUUUAAAUUCACUUAAAAUGUCUCAAAGUUUUGUUCCAGUGCCGGUGGGCAGUGAUUUUCCCUUGGAAAAUUUACCCUAUGCGGUAUUCUCAACCAAAAACAAUGAAGCUCAUCGCCUGUGUGUGGCAAUUGGAGAGCAUGUUCUGGACUUGAAAGCUGUCGCCCAUCUCUAUCCCUCUGCAGUGCAACAAAGUUUGCAAUCAGAAACUUUGAACUUGCUGAUGAGCUUGGGCCAUGAAGCUUGGGACAUAGUGAGGGCUGAAACCCAAAAGCUUUUGCAAAAGGGUUCCGUGCUGGAUCAGAAUCUCGAUCUCAAAGCAGUAGCUAUUGUUUCCCAAAAAGAGAUUAGUCUGCAUUUGCCAGCCCAGAUUGGUGACUAUACAGACUUUUACUCUUCCAUACAUCAUGCCACAAAUGUGGGCAUAAUGUUCCGUGGUGCCGAGAAUGCUCUUAUGCCCAACUGGCGUCAUUUGCCUGUGGGCUAUCAUGGACGUGCCAGUUCAGUUGUUGUCUCAGGCACUCCCAUACGUCGGCCCCUGGGUCAGACGUUACCGGAUGGGGCUGAGAAACCAAUUUUUGGAGCUUGUAAACUAUUGGAUUUUGAAUUGGAAAUGGCUUUCUUCAUCGGUGGUCCGGGAAAUCAGUUGGGUGAAUCGAUUCCUGUGGAUGAAGCCUGGAAAAAUGUAUUUGGUUUUACUCUUAUGAACGACUGGAGUGCCAGGGAUAUUCAAAAAUGGGAAUACGUGCCACUGGGACCAUUUACGGCCAAGAACUUGGGCACAACCAUUUCGCCUUGGGUAGUGCCAACAGCUGCCUUGAAACCAUUCCUAUUGGACAAUUUUCCCCAACAGCCAGAAGUGCUGCCCUAUUUACGUCAUAGUCAACCCUUCAACUUUGAUAUACAGCUCCAAGUAUCCCUAAAACCCGCUAAUGAGAGUGAGACUCUUAUAUCCAACUCCAACUUCAAGCAUCUCUACUGGACGCCACUGCAGCAAAUUGCUCAUCACACAGUGACUGGCUGCAAUUUACGUCCCGGCGAUUUGAUGGCUUCAGGUACCAUAAGUGGUGAGACUGCCGAUUCAUAUGGUUCACUUCUAGAGUUGUGUUGGCGUGGGACAAAGACUCUGGAUCUCCAGAAUGGCAAAUCUCGUAAAUUCUUGCAGGACUACGAUGAAGUGAUUAUCCGAGGACACUGCGAGAAAAACGGCUUGCGUAUAGGAUUUGGUGAAUGUGUUGGACAAGUUUUGCCAGCUCAUCCUGUGCAGCAAUAGCUGGCAAUUCCCACAAUAUUCAUAUUCAAUAAUAUCGUUUUGUAUAAAUAAAAAUGGACUUAAGCCAG